CUGCCCGACCAGGUUAUUUUGGGAAGAAAACCAACCUGAAAAAAAAAUGAAGUUCCUUAUUUUCACAUUUGUUGGUGUUGUUCACCUUUUAUCCUUGAGCUCUGGGAAAGCUGUAUACAAACACGGCAUCACUCAGAGAACUCUUCAAGAAAUAAAAGAAGAAAUAGCCAGCUAUGAAGAUGUUGCUAAAGCAAUUAUCAACCUUGCUGUUUACGGUAAAGCCCAGAACCGGUCUUAUGAGCGAUUGGCACUUCUGGUUGAUACUGUUGGGCCCAGACUGAGUGGCUCYGAGAACCUAGAAAAAGCCAUCCAAAUCAUGUACCAAAAUCUGAAGCAAAAUGGACUGGAGAACGUCCACUUAGAACCAGUCAAAAUCCCCCAUUGGGAAAGAGGAGAAGAAUCUGCUGUGAUGCUGGCCCCAAGAAUUCACAAGAUGGCUAUCUUGGGUCUUGGCAGCAGCAUUGGGACUCCCCCAGAAGGCAUUACAGCAGAAGUUCUGGUGGUGACCUCUUUCGCUGAACUGCAGAGAAGGGCCCCAGAAGCAAGAGGGAAGAUUGUUGUUUAUAACCAACCUUAUGUCAGCUAUGCCAUGACAGUGGAAUACCGAGUCCGGGGGGCCGUGGAGGCUGCCAAGGUGGGAGCUUUGGCAUCCCUUAUCCGAUCAGUGGCGACCUUCUCCAUCUACAGUCCUCACACAGGAAUGCAGGAAUACCAGGAUGAUGUGCCUAAGAUCCCAACAGCCUGUAUUACUGUGGAAGAUGCAGAAAUGAUGUCUAGAAUGGCUUCUCAUGGGAACAAAAUUGUCAUUCAUCUGAGGAUGGGAGCAAAGACCUACCCAGAUACUGAUUCCUUCAACACURUAGCAGAGAUCACGGGGAGCAAGUAUCCAGAGCAGGUUGUGCUGGUCAGCGGACAUCUGGACAGCUGGGAUGUUGGGCAGGGUGCCAUGGAUGAUGGUGGUGGAGCCUUCAUAUCAUGGGAAGCACUCUCACUUAUUAAAGAUCUCGGGCUCCGUCCAAAGAGGACUCUGCGCCUGGUGCUCUGGACUGCAGAGGAACAAGGUGGAAUUGGCGCCUCCCAGUACUAUCAGUCACACAAGGUAAAUAUUUCCAACUACAGCCUGGUGAUGGAGUCUGACUCGGGAACCUUCUUACCCACGGGGCUGCAAUUCACUGGCAGUGAUAAGGCCAGGGCCAUCAUGAAGGAGGUGAUGCGCCUGCUGCAGCCCCUCAACGUCACCCAGGUCUUCAGUGAUGGUGAAGGGGUGGACAUUAACUUCUGGAUCCAAGCUGGCGUGCCUGGAGCCAGUCUACGUGAUGACUUGUAUAAAUAUUUCGCCUUCCAUCACUCCCGUGGAGACACCAUGACCGUCAUGGAUCCAAAGCAGAUGAACAUUGCUGCCGCUGUUUGGGCUGUUGUCUCUUACGUUGUUGCAGACAUGGAAGAAAUGCUACCCAGGUCCUAACAACAGUGAGGACCAGGGCACUCUCAUCCUUUCUAGCCAGGAAUCCUGGGUCUGCAGCUUCAAGAAACUGUCCUUCGCAAAGCAGAUUUAUAUGAUUCAUCUUCAGAACACAACUUUUUUAUACUUUCUGUCAUGCUCUGUCUUAAUGCUUCCUGAAAUGUUUCUAGAAUAAGGAAUAACCCCCAUCACCACCUAGAAUCGCCAUAUGGAAGGAAUCACAGGGAGGGCAUUUGUUUAUGCCACCUUUUAAAAAUAUUAUUUCUACUUUGAAAACAAAUGCUGAAUGAAGACCUGCAGUUUUUAUGGGUUUGCUUAUGAAUAUUAAAUAUAAUGAUCGAUUGUUAUGUUUAUGUUUUUAUUGUAAGAGUAGAUGAAUUACAAAUUCCUCUUAAAACUUAAUUGAAUGUAUGGAUGCAUUUGGCUUUCUAACUUGCACAUGUUUAUAGUA